AUUUAUUUCGUUUUAUUAAUUUAUUUAGAAUUUUUAUUUAUUUAUUCUUUUUUACAUUUUUACUGUGCUUUCUUUUUUUUUUUUUUUUUAUACAGCUCACUGUUAGUAUUUAAUCAAGUUUGAUUUAUUUAUUUUAUCAAAUGUAUUUUUUUUUUUUUUUAUUAAAGUCUUUUUUUUUUAAUGUAGCCUAUGUAGUUACUUAUUUUUUUAAUUAAACAAAGUCCCUUUAAGGCAAGUCAUUUCACUCGGCGGCCAUCUUUGAAACGCCUCUCGGGCAUGCAAGUGGAGCUCCUAUCUCUUUGAAUGGGUAAACAUCAAAUUCUCCAAAGCUGUUUGCCAAGCUUUCGAUUAAGUUUCAUAUUUGAAAUCACCAAUGAAAUCUGACAAAAACUGUCUCAUAAAUUUUGUUUCUAAACGCUCGAAUUAUGACAAAAUUGUUUAUUUUUUAGGCUGGAUCAAGCUAAUGCGCAUGCGCAGUCCUAAAUGCGGGCGUCUCUUGUCUCAUUUAGGAGAUGCACGUCUGACUGUUGUAUUGCUUAUUUAUAAAUAUAAAAUAUAUUAUUUAUUUCUAUUAAUUAUUCAUACAUUUAAUUAAAUGUAUUUAUUUACUUAGUUUAAUCUUAUUUUAUUUAUUUAUUUGUACAUUUUUUAAACUGCUUUUCUCUAAACUUUUCAACGGACCCCUAGCACUCCUUGUGGCACCCUGGGGGUCAGAAAUGCACCUGUUGCUAAAUGUAACACCAGCUCUGACCACACGGUGGCGAAACGGCCACCUACAGCUCUCAAAUGACUGGAAAUAAAACUGCGUCCUGUGGGAGAAGUUGGUAGAAACAGCGAGCAUCUCGCAUUGGACUAUUCAGAAAUCCAACAUUUCGCAUUUUUGUUUUCAUAUCAGCUACAAAGACACGGAUUGGUGGACAGAAAAGGGGUUGUUGGUGUUGGUCUGAUGCAUGUAUACUGGGCGCUUCCCCUGCCACUUUCAAGAGCAUGUCAAGUCAUCGUGAUAACACAGGGCAGCAGGGGCAGCCUGCUCAAGCUUGAGCCUGUCCCAGAAUGCACCAGCUGUUCCGUCUAGUGUUGGGACAGAGAGACCUGUCCCGUGCAGGAGACCUCUUUUCUCUGGAUGACAGCGAGAUUGAAGACUGUCUGUCGCAAGCCCUGGAGGAAAUCAAAGUCAUAUCCUGCUCUCCAGACUACUUGACCAAUGACAAUGACCAGGCGGUGGUGGAGAUCUGCAUCACACGCAUCACUACAGCGAUCAGGGAGACAGGCUCGAUUGAGAGGCACGGAGCAGCUCUUGUGUCAUUAUGGGAGUCUUGUCUCGAACAUAACCUACAGCCGCAGGGCAAAGAUGAAGACACACCUCAUGCCAAGAUCGCCUCCGACAUCACCAGCUGCAUCUUGCAGAAUUACAACAGGACUCCAGUGAUGGUGUUAGCGGUUCCUGUGGCGGUGCGGUUCUUACAGCAAGGGAACCAAGAGCUGAGCAGGAACAUGUCCAGCUACUUGUCACUGGCUGCCAUUGCUAAAGCUGAGCUCCUGGCCCAACACACAGAGGCUAUCACCUGCAGCGUGCUGACAGGUAAUGCCAUGCUGUUGAGAGUGCUGCCAUCCGUAUAUCCACGACAGCCAGAGCCUAUCCAUCAGCACAUCCGUGAGCUGACGGCGAUGAUGUCCCAGCUGGACCAGGCCGGCAGACAGCACCUGCUCAGACUACUACAGAUGAUCUCUGACCUUCACCCCCUGGUUUUAUCAUCUUUGGUACCAUCGUUUAUUGGUUACCUCAGUGACAAUGAUCUCAGUGACACUGCCCUGGGUGUGUUGGUGAACGUGGCUCAGGCAAGCCCUGCCUCUCUCACUCCCUUCCUGUCCACGCUGAGAAAUGUGGGUCAGAAGAACCCUUGGUUGCUGGGACACAUUGCUAAGAUCCAUGGGACAGUGGGUCUGACUAGUGAGGUCCAGGCUCGCGGGGCGCUGCAAUAUCUGGUGUCUCUGUUAGCGAGUAUGGAGCACAGCGCACAUCACACACUACUGCUGGAAAUUCGCUGCCUGACCGAUCGCUACACCUCCAUCCUGGGCGGCGGUGGAAAAGACAUCUACCGAAUGAGCAACAGUUUCACCGCCAUCGCUCGACUGCUGGGACGCAAGCUGGAGGCUGACAGUACACUGAGCAGAGGGGAGGAGAAGGUGCAGGAUUUGUCCAGGCCAUGUGAAGCCAAGUCUAGUUCUGCCAUGUUUGCUGAGAACCAGCGUCUGCAGGUGAAGAUCCAGGCUUUUGAACAGAAGAUUGGCGAUGAAGAGGUGGAGUCUGAGAGAGAGGACGAGUCUCCUGGUCCUCAGAGACGCCACAGUCUGGGUCAAGCAGCACGAGACGAGCGCAGAGAGAUGAGGUUCAACAGGUCAAAGAGUCUGGCUCUUCACGCUGUACGCACACAAUCCAUUAACUCUGACAGCAGUCCAGAGGGAGAGGGGGUAGAUCUGGGUGCAGAACUCAAUGUCUGUGAGGCCAGUCCCAGCCAAGAGACUGGUCCUGUCCCCUCAACCCUGCAGGAGAACCACAAAGAUCCCACAAAAAAUCAACCUGACACAUCUCAAAACAGUGAGGGGCAAAAGGUGGAGGUUGGAGACCCCCGGGAGGGAGAUCGACUCUGGAUCCACCUGAGAGACAACAUGGAGGAAAUCAAAACCUUCUGUGCAGAAAUGAUCAAACUAAUCCCCAUACCUGAGCACUGUGUCAUUGAAGACUCUCAUCGUGGCUGUGUAGCUAAGCUGUCAUUCUCCUGUCCACUGAAAGGGCACUACUGCCUCUAUGGAAAGUCCUGUUUCUCCCUGUGUAGCUGCCAGCCACACCUCUGGAUCCAAAUCAUGCUACUGUCACUGCAGAGUAAAGUGAGUGAGGCGUUGUGCUGUCAGGACGAGUGUGUGCAGCAGCUGAGGAAACUCUGGGAGAAAACACAGCUGACGGGAGCACACAGCUUUGAGCUGGCCAUGACCCAGACGACCGUUCCUCACAAGAAGGAUGUGGACAGUUUGCAGAUGUAUCUGGAGGAGGUUCGUUUCUUUGACCUGUUCAGCUACAGUGAAGAGGAGGGUGGCUGGCUCUGUUUCAUGUGCAGUAAUCCAGAAAAAGCCACAGUCGUUAACCAGGAUGGCCAGCCACUCAUCGAAGGGAAGCUGAAGGAGAAGCAGGUACGCUGGAAGUUCAUCAAGAGGUGGAAAACACGUUAUUUCACUCUUGCCGGCAACCAGCUUCUUUUCAGAAGAGGAAAAUCAAAGGACGAGCUGGACAACAGCACAAUUGAACUUAGCAAAGUGCAAAGCGUUAAGGUGGUUGCAAAGAAAAGGCGUGACCGUGGGCUGCCCAGAGCCUUCGAGAUCUUCACCGACAGCAAAACCUACGUCCUGAAAGCUCAAGAUGAGAAGCACGCGGAAGAAUGGCUGCAGUGCAUCAAUGUGGCUGUGGCCCAGGCCAAAGAACGUGAGAACCGCGAGGCCACCACAUACCUGUGACGCCUGUUCUGCCGAAGAUGUUGUCUUAAAGACUGGCAUAUCAAGCCACAUGGGUACGUCUUAUUGCCACGUUAUCUCAUUUAUCAAUGUCAAAGACAAAGGCCUUGUCUGAAAUGCCACCUUCAACUGUUGCAGCCAUCCUCCACCUAAAUUCUUGCAAUGGUAAGUCACAAAGGCCGUUGGUUAGUACUUUGUAGGGUGGGCUUGGCAA